AUGACGGACAAACUCUCCGAUAGCAUGCGUUGCUUCUCCGACUGGGUCAAGGCCGGCCAGGCCGCCAACACCACCGGAGAUACCGUUUCCACGCCCAACAAGCACAACCACAACGACAUGAAAGUAAUCUUCUCGCAAACCGUCGUCAUGGGCGGCACCACCCCAUUCGCCCAGGAGAAGCGCCACGGCGGCGUCAUCGAGCGUCCGACCCUCAAGCAUCCGCGCUCCGACCCCUCCACCACCGCUACCAUCGACAGCAACCAGAACAACAACAAAAACCCCACGCCAUCCUUCAAUCCCCGCCAAACCCAGCUCCCCAUCCAGUCCCGCGACGCUCCCACCACCCAGUCUAAGCCGACGACGACGACGACCACCGGCACCGCCGCCACCGGCACCGCCGUCAUCAACUUCUCCAAGUCCACGACGCCCCCCAGCAGCCCGACCAAGACAGCAGCCGCUCCGGCUCCGGCUCCCCCUCGUCGCCAAGUCAGCUUCGCCGUCGACGUCCCCAACAACAAGAACAACAAAAACAACACCAACAAGAACGACAGCGGCGUCGGCGGCCUCGCCCGCACCGUCACCAACCCCCCCACCCUGAAACCAUCCGCCGCUACCACCACCACCACCGCGGGAUCCCACUCCCGCAUCGCGGCCCUGGAAUCGCAGCUCGCGGCGAGCGAAGAGGCGCAGACGCUCGGCAUGAACAAGAUCCGCGAAUUGCUGCUGAAGGUCAAGGAGACGGAGGAGAAGGCCGGCCGGGAGAAGGCGGAGGUGAUCUGCGCGGCGGAGGAGGAGCUGCGCAAGGCGCGGGAGAAGGAGAUGGCGCUGUGGGGCGCGAUUGAGAGGAGGGAUGGGAAGGUGAAGGAGUUGGCGAUGGGGGGCGGGGGUGUUGGUGGUGCUGGUGUUGGUGGUGCUACUGGUGCUGGAGGGGAGGAGGUGGAGAAGUUGAAGGAAGAGGUGGAGAAGUUGAAGGGGGAGAAUGCCAAGUUGAAAGAGGAGAAUGGCGAGUUGAAGGCGGAGGGGGAGAAGGCGAAGGCGUGGGAGGAGAAGAGCGUGGAGAAGUUUGAUGCGCUGAGGAAGUAUGCGAUGGAGAUGGAGGCGAAAGCGGAGAAGGCGGAGAAGGUAACGAAAGAGGUGCACAAGCUGGGCCAAGAGCAGUGGGAGCGUGCGGAGAAGCUGCAAGAGCAGUACGAGCGUGAGCGUGAGGCGAGGGCUGAGACGUGGAACUGGGGCAUGAAGUGGAAGAAGCAGGUCGAUCAACGCGAGAGGGCCGAGGGCGGCACCCAGCACAUCAAGGAGGCCGUCUUCGAUCGCAUGUACAACAACCUCUGCGACAUUCUUGAGGACUGCCGCAAGGACCGUCUGGCCCGGGAGGCUGAGCUCGCGAAGCAGAACUGA